UCUGACUCCGAGGUGGAUGUCGGGCCAUGGCGGGGACGAGGACAGGAAAACAUGAAGAGCUUCCUCUCUCUUUUUUUUGUCCCUCUUGAACUAAUCCCACUCCAUCUGCCUCUACGUCUCUACUCUGCAUGCUUAUCUGUUUAUUAGUCGAUUUGUUUGUGUCACAGUUAUCCUCACUCUGAAGCACUUGAAAAACUUAUUUGCUGACUGAUAUCCUGUGUCUUAUUUCUGUACUCAAUUCACUACUCCUUGCAGUCUAAUCAACAAGCAUAAUUUGCACGACAAUCGUUCCGUAUUUAACCAUGCCGUCUCUCGAUCGCUCCGAAACAGAUAGUUUAUAUUGUAACCCGACCGAAGAUGGUGAAUCCAUCAUGUCAUCUUCAGGAGGUGCACCUUCUAUCAAAUCAACAAGCUCUCCCUCUGCAACCUCAUCCCUCAGAUCUGGAUCUCAGUCGAUAAAAUCUAAAACCGCGUCAACCAAAUCCAAAUCCUCGUCUUACGCAUCUGUACCUAAAUCACCUCAAUGGAAAGCAGCAGUCGAUCCUCUAGGGAUGUCCUCCAAAGCAGUAGGAUUCAUGCCCAUGUUUAGCACACAUCUCUAUGCUCCUGGAUUCCAGACUGCUGUUUCUACCAGUGCAACAAAUGCAAAUGAACCCAAGGCAUAUCAAUCAAAACAACUUACGUUUGUUGAAAAGAAAAAAAGCUUUUCUUCUUCUUCUUCUUCAACUAAAUCAAAUAACCCUGGGAAAUCUGAGAAGACUAAAACAGCGCCAUCCAAUAACUCUGUCAAAUCACUAAAUUCCUUAACCAAAUCCACAUUUUCCCCGGCCUUUGCAAGUAGCCUCAGUACACAGGAUGAACAUUUGUCAAACUUUCCUGACAAAAGGACUGUGGAAGAAACUAAGUCAUUAAGCUCAAAUAGCAGAGGUGGUGAUGAGGAAAUCAAGGAGGAGAUAGUAAUAUCGAGAAAUAGCAAGGAAAUAGAAGGGACAGAAGCAUUAGCAACAACAGCAACAACGGCCGUGAUAAUUUCAGCAACAGAAACUGUAAUGAACAAUGAUAUCGAUAGUGCGUAUGGCGAUUCGGAUGACAUGACGUUUGUGAACAGCAGUACAGAGGUCGCUGUCCUGAUGGAGGCUCAAUCUUUACCGGACGCCUCUAUUCAUCCGUUUGAUAAGACAGUGGUGACAACUAAUACCAGCAGCGACGUGGUGGAAAGUAUCAACAAUCAAAAUAUUCUUUGUAAGCUUUCAACGGUAGAAUCAACCACUCAGUUGCGGUCACCACCAAUAUCAAUAUCAACAUCAGCACCACGGCCAACUCAUACGCCUAAUGAAUUGAUAUUGAAACGAAUGACCUCAUGGGAGUACAUAGGACGUGUCUACCAUGGAAAAAUGGCUUACUACAACACUAUCUUGUUGACAGAAGCAGAUCUUCGCAAGUUUUAUACGCCAGAAGUUGUUCAUAAAAGGACGCAGCAAUACUUCAUGUUGGGAACGUCCAUUGCCAAUAUACUGGAAAUACCCCAUCUUCCUGACUUUGUAAAAUCGCUCUCUGCAGUUUUACAAGAGUUUGAGCAUUUUCAAUCAUCAGAAACAAAGUCUAAGAUGAGCUUUUUAAAAAACGGGUGGAGAGUGCAUGAUGGGAAGUUCUUUGAAGAAACUAGCGAAUACACACAUUUCGAGACCAGAUCCUUGCCAUUUGAAAUGGACUAUAUUGUUAUCUUCGCGACACUCUGCGAGAUGAUUGCCCAAGCUUACAAAAAGUUUGAUACCUACAAGGCGAAUAUCAUAAUGGAAUCAGAUAUGUUCCAUAAAAUCGAUAUUCGGUUCAAGAAAAUCCUAAGUACCACAACGAGAGAACUCGACAAUCUGGCACGUGAAACGAUGCAGGAAGAGCUUUAUUCAAUAGAUCCAAUUGCUGGAUUAACGAUAGACUGGAAUCAACAAGUACUUUCUAUUGGCAACUAAAUAAACAUGGUUCAUGCAGUUUUCCAUCAUCAGGGCACAU